AUGUGCUCGCCACACUGGGGCCACCUGUGCGCGGUCGGUUUCAGAGUUCGUAUGUCGCUGCAGGGCGGCAGGCGCGUGGUGCUACAGAAGCCGCACCUACUGCUAGCCCGCGCACGUCAGCUGCAGGAAUGCACCAUGCAAGACAGCCUCAAGAUACCCAGCAAUUCGACGGAGCCUCACAGCGCCAGCUCCGCGAAGACGCUCAAGGACUCUAGGUGUACGGAGACGAGACAGAGGCGUCCAGCAGGGCUUUUCGAGACGUGGGGCUGGAGCCCGCACCUGCAGCAGACUCUCGGCGCCACAUUGUGCUCGGCCCCCCUGGAGAGCGUGGCCGCCUUCCGUGCUGCGGUAGAGGCGAAUAUGCUCGCUGGAAGCCUCUGUAAAGGUGCACAACUCAUACCAGUCGUGGGGGCUCGUGGCAGUCGUGCGAUGAUGCCAGCUCCUUUUGUCGCAGGGCAGCGCACCGCGCCCGCGAGAGAUGGAGCCCGAGAGGGAUGGGCAGCGGCGCGCUGCCCGUGGAACACUCGAUGUCGCGUCCUGCAGCCCCCCUCCUCCUUGAGGCUGGGCUGUUCGUCUACAAGUGCGGUCGCGUCAUGGGUCACCGCUUGGACAUCUGAGCCGAUGGGGUCGCCGCCGAAGCUCCUGCAUCCGUGGCCUGCGUGGACGGAAGCCCACACGGACCGCCCCACGUUGCGGUUAUUCGGCCUACCCGCCUCCGUGCGCGCUGCUUUUCUCGACGUUCCUUUCCCCUCGCCCUCCACAUCCUCGUCGUUGCCGACGCCAGCAGCGCUGAUGGAGGCUGCCUGCGGUGCCGCGCUGGCCCAGCUGGCGGGGCAGGUGCAAGAUGCGGUGGAGCACGGCCAGCUUGCCGCAACGUCGCGACUAUACUUCUGCCCCCUCGCCCACGCCGUGGACUACAGUGGCACUCUUGACUUGCGUGCGUUUGCUGUGGAGUGGGGCCGGCGGCACUGCGACGGCGGCAGUGGCGGUGGCGCAUCCGCUGCGCCGCGAACGACAGCGGUACUCAGUGACUCGUCUCCUGUGCUAUCGCUUGGAGCGGAGCUGCCCAUAAGCGAUGAUGCUGAUCCUGCUGAUGCGGCGGCCGGACGCGCCGCUUCUACUCCGCCGCUGCGAGUGGUCGUCUUCAGCAACGCCCACAUGCUGUCGAAGCGAGCGAUUCGCCGCUUGCUAGAUCAAUGGACCCGGAAUGGAGCGUCAGUGCGCAAGCUACGCCAGCAGCAAGAGCGCGCGCAGGCCGGGCCGCGCGAGUGGCGCACGCUCAUGGGUAGCCGUCUGCUUCUUCCGCUUGAUGCCGCGGCCAUUCUGCCCCACGUGCGAAGUCUCUCGAUUCCCUUCGGCGACGUACAGGCCGUCUUUAUUGGCUACACGGCAAGCCAAGGCCCUGUAGAGGGGGCGAAGGUGAUGAAUUCGCCAUUGGAUGCGGGUAGGCAUGCGCCACUUCCUCUGCCGGUGUUACCGCCAUCAACAACGCCUGUAGGCUUCCCCGUGCGCGUCGAGCUUGCGGUGAGCACGAGCGCGCAUGCGGACUUGCUUCAUGUGGAGGAACCCCUCUCCGCUGCUUUGCUCCGUGCAUCCACCCUCUAUCGCAGGUGCCUCGACGCAGCACAGCGUCGUGAGUUGGUGGAGGCGGUGGUGCAAAGCACUGUGGAUGGCGCGCCAGCGGGGGCCGUCUUCGCGAAGCGGCAGUCUCAGCGACUCUCUAGUGGUCGUAUUUUCUUCGAAACCAGUAAGGUGCCCCUAACUGGCACUCAAGGUCGCCUGCAGCUGCACGAGGCGUGCGAGGCUGCCCUGUCGCUCUUAUCCCCGCUGGAAAGCCUCCUGCACCCACACCUCGGCACUGAGAGAGCUCGCGGCAACCGUCCUGCGAGGGACGACGACGUCGUGUCACUGCUUGUCAUGUACCCACUCUUGAGCACCGUGCACAUUCGCCACGUGCUGCUAAGCGCUUUUCACGUACGUGUCACGCCGACCUCCACCGCGGGUGAUGAGGCUCCACCGGCUGUGGCUGCUGCUGCUGCUGCUGCUGCAGUCGAUGGCCCCGUCGCAGCUGCGGAGAUGGUGUGUCUCCGCGGCGGCAACGACAGGACCACUGCCGGUGCCGCAACGCCGCCUCCCUCCGACCCCCGCGUCCGCUUUGUCGCGUCGCGCCUACGCGCUAAUGAGCAUGAGCAGCGGGAGCGUGAUGUCCUGCUGCAGGCGGCGAAGGUGCGUGCCGCGGCGGCGGCCGCAGUGACGGCAACCCCUUCCUGUGCGCCGCGCGCACCGCUUCUUUUUCAAGCGUAUGCCGCUCAUGUGGAGCCCGCGGUGCUGCUGGGGUUGUGGACGCCGACGCUGCUCUUCCGGGCCCCCACGUUGGCGGAUGUGAUGGCGUUGCGCUGCUUCUUGUUAGAGCCACUCCGCACCAGCUACGCAGCCUCGCACCGAACUCCUACAGAAGCGCUGCCUCGCGCCAACUUCGCGGACGGCGGCGGUGGCGGUGGCAUGAUCGCGCUUCGAGUGGAUGAUGUGGACGUCAUUCACUUUGACUACGCCGACGGGGCAACGCGCCACAGGCGCACCCACCGCCUGUUUGGUGUCCGGGCAUCCUUGUGCCCCGCAUCGGCAGCUACACCACCCCCGCGAACAGGAGCCGGCGCGGUGGGCGAGGAGAGUCUGCGGGACGCGAGCGGCCGCAACCUCGUCGCGCGUGAACUGGCUCUGUUGGAGACGCUGCUGCAGCAGUGUCUCAAGGAAUGUGCGCGGGCAGCGACGUUUUUUCCGCUGUGGACGGAGCACCGUCGCUACGGCGACGCCGCUCCCUGUGCUACCACGCACCAGAACAGCGAGGCGGGCCCCAUGACGAACCAUGGCGAUGGGGGCCCCGCAGGGCUCAACUUGCUGCCCUUCCCGUUCUUUCCCUCGAGCACCAAUCACCGUUCCCUCCUCGACUUUCCUGGCGUGACGGAGUCGUUGGCGUCGUGGGCGCCACGGUCGACAGAACUGCGCCUUUUGAGCUUGGCUGCGGCACAACGGCCUUCCCUCUCCCUGACGAUCCGCAGUCGAGUGGUGCUGCUGGAGUCGGUGUACGUGCCGGCCAGCGACGAGGUGGACGCACCGGACGACGAUGCCGGGAAGGUUGCAGCAAGGAGCGGUAGAAAGGUCCCAAACCGCGUGGUUGCUCGACGCGGGGAGGUGUGCGAGGUGGCCGGCUUUGUUCCCUGCAGCCUUCUCCUUGGCCGUGGAGUGGCGUCAACAGCGUCGGAGGGCGCCGGGGGGUCCAGGAGCCGCGACGAGAGCGCCACGCGUGAAAUGUCUCUUCCACGCCUCGUACGGCAGCAGGUGGCUGGUUGGUCUCUCACUGAGCGGCGACUGAUAGAGCACUACAUGGCACAGCAGCAGCACGCAUCGGCCUUGCCGUUGCUGCGCUGUUGCGCCGCUCCCCAGCCGCGCCGGGAAGAUCACCUGAGACAGCCGAGCACCAGCCUUUUCGUGCUUCCUCCACGUUGCACCGUUGUCGGCGGCUACCGCUCCCUUCACUACUACGGCCUGCCGUUGCUUCACUUGCCAUUGCUGAUCUUGGCUGGCGGCUUAGCCCGCGCUCAGCCUCCCCACUCGGCCGUGAGCCCCUCCAAGCUGAGCAAGACCGCCCUAGGGUCUUGCAAAGCGUCGCGCGCGUCUGCCUCGGACAGCGAUAUUGGCGCACCGCCAGCACUUCUUACGGCCACCUCGCCCUCGGCCUCCUUCGACUAUGCCCUGCCUCAUCUCUUUCACCCGCAUCACGCCGACCCGGCCAGCUGCAGAGCAACUCUGUGCUUGACAUCACAGGAGCGACAGCAGGCCCUCGAUCUGCUUUUCGCACAACUGCGCGACGCCACUGCCGCGGUCAGCGAUGGCGUGAAAGCAGCGUGUGGGAACGACGCCGCACCACGCUCGCUUAUAUCCUUUGUGGAGGACGUUCUCUUUACUGAAAUGUCGGAUGGCACUCGCAACAAGAAAUCCGCAGAUGCUCUCACUGCAGGUGACCGUAACAGCAGUGAUGCACAUGCGGUGCUCACGCCACCGGUGUGCUGUCCGCUGCUGACCGAAAUGGCCCUCUACUCGCACGUGCGGUAG